UGUUAGUGUGUUUGAAUGUCUGUGCUCAAGGGGGACGUGUGCGUGGGACUAGGGGCUAUUUAAAUGUCAUUUCUGAUUAAUUUAUUUUAAAUAUAUAACUGUUUUACAAAGCACUUUAAGACUGUAAACUUAAAGGAUUUACACAAUGGUUGCAACAAGCACGCUAAACAGGAAUUCUGAGUGCCUCUCUGAAUUUGCUAACGGAGGAUAUGACCGAGCUUGUAUCGAUUAUGAAAUGGACUUUUGGGAGAGGUGUUUGUCUGAGCCUUACCUGAGUGCAGAAGUGUGUGAAGAACAGACAUGUCAGCAGCUUGCCCGGCUGCUCGAGGGCUGCCUAGCGAGGUCUAAAGCCAGCAAACUACAAUGUGACUAUGUGCUGGUGCCAGAGACUCUGACCCUGCGGGUGGCAAGGGAUAUGCUCCGUCUGGCUGCGGGGGAACCGUGUGGGUUGCGGGGCUGCAUGCUGGAUGUCCGCCUUGAGCUGGAGGAGCAGCAGCGCCGCUGUGAAAGACUCGAGCGUCUCUCUUGCGAUGCCAGUGUGGUGCCAACUUUUGAAUUGACAUUGGUCUUCAAACAGGAUUGUGGUGGUUGGCCGAGCCUCCGUGACUUUUUACGCAUGGGUACAUGUUUCCCACCUGGCGCCCACCGUGCACUUAAACUCCGCCCUGGAUUUCGGCUCAUUAAGAAAAAGCUGUACACCUCUGCUGCUGGAAUGGUAGUUGAGGAGUGCUGAAUCAGACUUGCUGUGGGAGGGUUGGAGUUGUUGUGGGGUUUGUUUGUUUUUUUGUUUUUUUUUAAGGGUACAAUGAUGCACUAUAAUAGUAUAUAAUGAAUGUAAGAGUCUGCCAGAAGUGCUGCUCACGUUUUUGUAAAAAAAAAAAUAAAAAAAAAAUGUUUUAAUUUUUUUUUUUUUUUACUAUUGAUAUUAGAAAUGUUUAGAUUUUUGGGAGACCAUUGGGAUGAAAUGGGGAGUUGGAUAAUUUGAUAAUGGGGUAUUUACUGUAGUUUGUGGAAGCAUUAAUGCAGGUGUUCAAACAGUGACCUUGACUUUGUAACAGCCUGAUCUGAAAUGGUCUUUUUUUUUUUUUUUUUUUUUUUUUCUCUCAAAUGAAAGGUUUACUUUUCCCAAAUUUUUACUUCACAUUAGAAUCAAUUACUUAUUUGACGUGUUCUUUAGAGUUCCCAAUUAUUUAGAUUUUGAACUUACCACUUAAGUACAGGAAAGCAUUACUCUAAAACUGGCCAUAUUUAUGAAUGUAUUGUGCUUUCUUUGUCUGUGCUCAUGAGCAUGCUACUUUAAUGUAUGGAGUCUUUAAAAUGUUAUCAAGAUUUCCAACAUGUCACUGUUAAACUUGUUAAUGAUCGUUGCCCACUUGUUCUAGUGUUCAUCCUUCCAACUUUGUCACUGAAUACACUUUCAUAUUUUUGCCAGCAGUGCUGUUACAGCAACUGAACAUUUUUCUUUAAAAGUCCCUGAUAUAGGAAGGGGAGAGCCUUGUCUUUUUGACAAACUAUUUUUUCUAAAGUCUUUGACUGAGAAUUUGAUUUCUGCUUCUUUUUGUGGAAAGUGUUUUUUAAAUCUUAGCUUUGGAAUGCAUUGGUGUAGGAAUUAGUCCGAUUUAGAUCGUGUUGUGUGAACCUCUGGAUAGUUUAACUUAUGCUCUAAUGACCAGUGGCACCCUACACAACAGGUAUAAACUUCUGGUCUAAGACCCCUUUUUUUCUAAUUGUUUUCUAAUUGUUAUCUGCAUGGUUUUGUGAAAGACCCUAAAAGUUUGUGGUCACAAAACUGGCAGCAGUUAAGGAUAAAACCAGUAUGCACAGUAUGAUUGCCUAUGAACUCCCUGAAAAGAUUUGCAGCAUUUGUUACAUUUCACACCCUGUGUGUUGGUGAAAAUAGGAAAGGAUGCCAUUUCAUAUGCAACUCUCAAACUUCAUGACAAUCUGUGAAAUUUAAUUUAAGUGGCGCUCAUUGGAGUUUUGACACUGCUUGCUCUGGACUUACAGGGGCAUGUGUUCAGUGUAAGUGUGUAGUAUCAGCAGGAGCAGUUCUUUUCUUUGCAUACUCCUACUGCAAAUGAAUGGAACAGAUGCCAGUAUCCGGUAACCUUGAGACAGAGAAGUGCCUUGUUAAAUAAAAUGUUUGAGGUCAAACAUUGUUUUGAACAAAGAUCCUCUAGUUUAUGUAUUCUUCUCUCUAAAUGGCUAAUAAUUUAAAACAAAAGGAAAUCCUGAGCUUUUAUAAAUUGUGUUCAUAGCCCAAUACCUUCUGAUUGUAGUUCAUGGUUUAAUUAUAGCAAAUUCAGUAUUGAGGAACAUAAAAUUUUUUGGUUUUUUUGUAUUAAAGCAAUGUUCCGGAUUCAAUAUAAGUUAAGCUCAAUUGACAGCAUCUGUGGCAUAAUGUUGAUUACCGCAAAAAUUAGUUUCAAGUUGUCCCUCCUUUUCUUUAAAAAAAAAAAACAAAAAAAAAAAACCUGGAUUUCAGUAAGGCACUUAUAAUGAAAGUGAAUGUGGCCAAUUUCUGGAGGGUUUAAACAGAACUGUGAAGCUUAUAAUAAAAAAACACUUGCAGUAAUUCUUCUGUGAAAACUUGUGUAUUAUUUGAGCUGUAAAGCUGUUUAAAUUGUAAUUUUUACAGUCAUUUUGGGUUUGUUGACAUAUCAUGGUAACAAAGUUGUAAACUUGGCUAUAACUUUACACAGAAAAGGUUAGUAUGUGAUUUUUACACACAUAUCCUUUAUGUCUUGUGGCUAUACUUUUGAAAUGGUGAGUAUUUGUGUUUAAAAAUUGGUCCCCAUUCACUUCCAUUGUAAGUGCCUCACUGGAACACUGAUGUUUGCUUUUUUUAAUGAAAAAAAGGAGGGACGAGUCAAAAUAAAUUGUGAAAAUCAAUAUUAUGCCACAAAUGCUGUCAAUUGAGCUCAGCUUGAUUGAACCCAGAACAUUCCUUUAAACAUUUGAGCAUAUUAAAGUUUGUUAGAGUGAUCUGAUUUGUAAGCAGGGUUGGGGAGUAACAGAAUACAUGUAACUGGAUUACGUAUUUAAAAUACAAAAUAUAAGUAACUGUAUUCCACUACAGUUACAAUUUAAAUCAUUGGUAAUUAGAAUACAGUUACAUUCAAAAAGUAUUUUGAUUACUGAAGAGAUUACUUUGCAUUUUAUUGCCAUUUGUUUCAUUUAAUAUUUAGUCCUUUCAGACUGAAAACAUUUAUACAUAUAAAUGAUGCGAUUCAAAGUGCAUUUGAACAGCGGUGAAACACUUUCUUAUGGUGUUACAUUAAUACGAGCAGACAGAAAUAAGUCUGGAGCAGAAGAAAUAGAAAUAGAAAUAAACCUUGUGUAAAUUGUCAGCUUUACGCUAAGCUAAAAUGCUAUUUCUAGCCAUUUAGCAGGCACGAUCAUAUUUUUUUAUCAAGAAAAUUCAUCAUAAUUUCUUUUUUCUAGUAAGACCUUUGAUAUUUGGGCAAAAAUCAUAUUCUUGAUAAUUCUUUUAUUGUUUUCCUGUAAAAAUAUCUACACAAAACACUGCAUAAGAUAUUUAGGUUUUUCGGAGAAUGUAUUUUUAACGUGUAUUUUGUCUUACUGUACUGGCAGAGUUUUUAUAGUCAAAACAAGAGAAAAAAUCUACCAGUGCUGAAGAAGUAAUCCAAAGUAUUUAGAAUAUGUUACUGACCUUGAGUAAUCUAAUGGAAUACAUAACAAAUUACAUUUUACAGCAUGUAUUCUGUAAUCUGUAGUGGAAUACAUUUCAAAAGUAAUCUUCCCAACCCUGUGUGUAAGAAAGUUAACGGAAGACAUUGGCACACAGCAAAUUACUUGAGAGCCUCAGAAUGCCUGUGUACUGCUUGUUUAUAGAGCUGUGUGGAGUGAAUUCCCAGGCUCAGCGAUUUACUGGCUAGUCAUAUUAUACAAUUAUUUGAACCGUUGUGGCCAGAAAGGAUUGUGACUCAUCUAGGAGUUUCAAAGAAUAUGACAAAAGUUCAGAUUUUAUUCUCUGCAAGUGUAGAAGUGUAUAAUUAUGUACGCUCUGGCAUCUAUUGAAUGAUCUAUUAAAGAGGUCAUGUCAUGAGGAAUCAAAUUUUCCUUG